AUGGUAGUAGUAGUUGUAGUUAUACUUACUACUGUAUAUUGUUAUCGUAGUUACACUUACUGUUGUUACUACUGUAUAUUGUUACCUAUUCUACCUACUUUACUACCCACUUUACUAAUUACUGCUGCUACUACCAUGUUUUCACCAGAAGAACUAACCAAUUUAGCAUUGGAGACACAUGUUGAAAUAGAGGGCCUAUCACGAGUGGAUCUAAGCAGCACGCUUCUGUCCAGCAGAAUACGAGUAGCACCACUGCGACCAACACGUGUUCCACUCUACCUGGCUCUCCAUCUUCAGAAGAGAAACAAGGCGAGAAUCAUCACGCCGAGAGAGUACGAGAGAGUGGACGAGGUGGUGGCACAGGAGGAGGAGAACAAGGAGGAGUUCAGUGAGCUACCAGAGCACUACUUUGAGGUAGCAGGCAUUCUGGGCAUAGGAGGAAGUGGAUUGGAGAAGUUGAGGCAGGUGAGACUGCAGAAGAUAUGGAAUGGAUUGGAGACAGUGGAUGGUAGGGCAACUUACAUGCGAAAUAUAACACGGUGGGAAUACAAUCAGCUACGUGAAUACAUUACAGGCGUAUUCCAGAAGAAUGGAAGAAUAGUACAGGCAGGUGAUACUAUAUUCAAUAUACAGUAG